AUGGCUGCAUUCUUUAAAUCUAAUGAGGCAAGUGUCAGCUUUGAAGUUGGUGAGUAUCAGCAAUUCCCCAAACCUGAACCUGAGGAUGCUGCUAAAGAGAAGACCCCAAAACCAAAGCUAAAACAUUUCAGCGUGGUUCUCCUGAGCUUUGCCCUGCUGUGUGUUCUGCAAGGGGUUCUCAACAUCGCUCUGAGACUUGCUCUGAUUGAACCCACUGCUGAAGGUGAGACAGAGGAAGAGUUCUGUCCAGAGGGCUGGCUGAUGUUCGGCUCCAGUUGUUACUACAUUUCCUCACAGAGGGGGAGGAGCUGGGACGACAGCCGGCAGGACUGCAUGCAGAGAGGCGCUGACCUGGUCAUCAUCAACAGCAGGCAGGAACAGGCCUUUCUCACUGGAUUCACCGCAGCAGCGUGGGUUGGUAUGACUGACAGGGAGAAGGAAGGGACUUGGAUCUGGGUGGAUGGAACACCAGUGGACAAAGACGGGUUAAAUUGGGCCCCUGGGCAGCCCGAUGAUGCGUUUGGAGGAGAAGACUGUGGUGACAUUCGCACAAUGACGGAUUUCAUUGGCUUAAACGACUUCAACUGUAGUGCCAGAAGCCAGUGGAUCUGUGAGACAAUGUAAUGGUAGCUUAAACUGUAUGGAUGUGUAUGCUGCUCGCCUUCUUUCGCUGUAACUAGUUCUGUUUGUGUUUGUAGUUGAUGUAAAAAUAAAACAUAACCACAGAGUGA